UUUCCCCGGACGCCACGAAAACUGGAAGUCGGACUUUCGUAGAAUCUUUUGACGUCCAAGUCAGCUGGAGGGCUGCGGUUGUGUCCUCCCCGGUGCUCUGCGGGCAGCAGCAGGAGCGGGCGGGAAGUUCUCGUCGGGACUUUUCGUGCACGCUCGCAUGGGAUGUGAUACUAGUGUGGGGUUCGGAUUUCAACUUUUCGCUUUUUUUUUUUUUUCUCUCCACCAUACAUGAUGUAUAUUACGCAUAAUUUUUGGACUAUGCGCCGGACGCAGCAGCCAACUUCAAGAAGCUUCUGUCACUAACUAAUGCGGCGAGGGACAGCGGCGCACAUUUUGCAGCAUUUGGAAGUGCAUUCCGACCAAUAUGUCACCAGGAUCUUCAACAUCAAGCCUAAAAAUGAUAGCAGUCGGCACUAAAGUUCCCUCUCUGCAUUUUUUUAGUCGAGGACAGCAAACAGUGUAGUCAUUCAGUAUCCAUUUAGAAUGAUGCACCAGGUGACACUUUUCCUUUAAACUUUAAACAUUUUGGAUUUUUCCGGUGGAUUCUUCCCCUCCACCUUAAUAGUCCGAGAAACAUGUUGCACAUCCUCGUGUUUCUGUCUUUGGCGUUACUUUUGACAGUGGCUGACUGCCGCGUCGUAGAGGGUCUGCAGAGAUAUACUUCAAUCCCCACAUAUCUGCCUGUCAACUACCAGGUGCUCAACACUGACUUGGCAUUUUUCCUCAAAGAAAGCAAUCAAGACUUCAUGAGAAACUCUAGCCUGAUGUCGCGCACCGAGCCUUUCUUCGUCCACCAGGCCCGGAAUUUACCUUCUGUCAACUCCAGCUACGGACCCCUCUCUGUGGAGCAGCCGGUCCCUUUAGAGCUCCUCCAGAGCCCUGGGGUUUUCCCCGCGUCAUCACUUUUCACUUUUAAUUGGAAAGUUCAGACUUUCAUCAUGAAUACAAAGAUUCACCUGGCCAAGCCCAAAGUCCAAGUCCUGUUUUACAUCGCAGGUAGGGACUGGGAUGACUACAGCACUAUCGACAAGCUACCAUGCGUGCACAUGUUUGCCUUCCAUGAGACCCAGGAGGUGCACGGUACCUGCCUGCUGAAGGGGGCGCUAGGGCUUUGUGUGGCCGAGCUGGAGCCCUUGGCGAGCUGGUUCAGCCCGCCUAGCAUUGUGCCAGGACGACAAAAAAACCUGGAAGCUUCUGAGGGAACCCCAGUGGAGCUCUACUACAUCCUGCAAUCCACCGAGGGAGGGGAAUGCCACUCGGAGGAGGCCAAGAAGGACAACUUCAUCCGCUCAAGCCAGGAAGGGCUGUUUGGGUCCUAUACCUCCACACCCCUGAGAAGGAUCGGCGGUGUAAGGCUCUAUCGGAAUCCUAUUCCACCCCAACUGGCUGAACACAGGCUGGAUCAUAACUUUAUGAUUUUGGUCCCGACCACACCAGUGAAUCAGAGAGAAACGUUCUCAACCUACGUCACAGUGUCAGCCUACUCUACCGUGGAGAUGUUUACGCUCAGAGUGAAAUUGAGAGAAGGAGUGACUUUUCUCGGGGCCCUACCCAGCAACCCGACACAGUGGAUAGUGAGCCAGGAUGUGAGGAAUGAAGGUCACCGUGUGGUCACCUUGCGCUGCCAGAGGAAGGAGUCCAGCUUCGAUCAGCAGAGGGAUGACAUGGGAGUUCAGAGGGUGCUGCAGGUGGAUCUAAAAAUGGAGAGUUUCCCUGAGCUGCCGGGCAGCCGCUGGAUGGCGUGGCAGGUGGAGUACCCGGCCAGCUCUGCAACACAGGAGGCUGACACCGAGAUCACAUUGGCACAAGAGGAUGUGGCGGGCAUCGUACCAUUGGCUAUGGAUUCGGAGAUUUUGAACACAGCGGUUCUGACCGGGAAGACAGUAGCGGUCCCUGUGAAGGUGGUAACCAUCGGAAUAGACGCUUCAGUGACUGACGUCUCUGACGCAGUGAUGUGUCGCUCCACAGACGAAGACGCAGUCAAGGUGUCAGAGAGGUGUGACUAUGUUUUUGUGAAUGGCAAGGAAAUGAAGGGCAAAGUAAAGAUGGCAGUGAACUUCACCUACACCUAUCUGAGUGCUCAGCUGGAGCUCAACGUGUGGAUCCCUCGACUUCCCCUCCAGAUUGAAGUGUCUGACACGGAGCUGAGCCAGAUCAAAGGGUGGCGGGUGCCCAUCAUGGCCAGCAAUCCCAGGUCAACACGGGACAGCGAGGAUGAUGAUGAUGAGGACAGACGAGGACGAGGCUGCGCUUUGCAGUACCAGCACGCCAUGGUCCGAGUCCUGACUCAUUUCGUUGCUGAAUCAUCCGACCCUGGAGGCCAAACCAGUUACAUGUUAGGCACCGAUUGGCAAGUGGACAUCACGGAGUUAGUGUGGGACUUCGUCAAGGUAGAGGACACGCAAAUCGCAAAGCUACUGGACAGACGGAUACUGGCGGGACGUGACAUGGGAAUGACCACGAUACAGGUGUUGUCUCCUCUGUCAGACUCAAUCCUGGCAGAGAGGACCAUCACAGUGGUGGAUGACAAAGUGACCAUUGCGGAGUUGGGGGUCCAGAUGGUCACAGGACUCUCCAUGAGCCUGCAGCUCAGUCCCGGAAGCAACAGAGCCAUCCUGGCUACGACGACCACACAGGAAGUUCUGCAGAGCCCUAAGCAGGAGGCCUUGAUCAGCGCCUGGUUGCAGUUCAGUGACGGCUCCGUGGCCCCUUUGGAUCUGUACAACCCUGACUUUUUCAUCCUGACCGCCACCUCCCUGGAUGAGGAGGUGGUGACGGUACGGCAGGACCCCUCCUGGAAAUGGCCCGUCAUCGUGACCGAGGCAGAGGGCCAAGGCCUUCUGGUCCGGGUGGAAAUGACGGUUUGUGAGAUUUGCCAGAAAUUCAAGCGGCGUAGCGUCCUGGCAGCGGGCAACUGUAACGUCAAGGUGAGGUUUGGAUACAGCGACAGCUCCAGGGGAGGGACCAACGAUUACGGCACCGACGGAGAGGAUUUGGACACCAGAGGCAGGCAGCCCUCACCUGACAGGAUUGGUCUUGACAGCCACUUUUACGGCAGCUCAGUCUCUGACAUGGAGGAAGGGGUGCUGACUAGACCCACCACCACAAGAAGUGCAAUCGUGCGGGGUCCUAACGGGGAUAAACCAUCAGGUGAUGGAAGCGAGAGGAUGCCGAUUGACUUUGCCGACUUUCCUGCUCAGGUGGACUUGCCCCGUGGGCGCAACAUGGACGAUGACCUCAUGCAGACUGCUCGCGGUCUCACAGAUCUGGAGAUCGGCAUGUACGCUCUACUGGGGGUCUUCUGCCUGGCUAUCCUGGUAUUUCUUAUCAACUGCAUCUCCUAUACCCUCAAAUACCGGCACAAGGAGCUCUCCGUCGAAGGCCAAGAGAACAUGAACCACGCCCAUGACUGGGUGUGGCUGGGGAACGAGGCGGAGCUGCUGGAGAGCGAAAUCAGCUUGUCCCCCCAGCAGGAGGAGCAGACCUCCAUGAUGGACUCCGGCAGCGGGCUGGAGGAGGGAAGCCACUUGCUGAACGGGGGCUCGGCCCAGAAGAACGUACAGGGCCAAGUACACCGGGCGGCCGACUCGGGCUGCCCGGCUAAGGAGAGCAAAGGGGAGUCGCCCACCACCAAGAGGAAGCGAGUGCAGUUCACCACCUUCACCACCAUCCCCUCGGACAGCGGCUACCCGACUGUUAGCACUCUGACUCGAUGCCACAAGCAGGACAUUAAGUGGGUGUGCCAGGACGUGGCGUUGGAAGACGCCACGGAGUUACGUAACUACAUGGAGAGGUUAAACGACAGUGCGCCGAAGGAAGCGUUCUAGCGGGAUUGAUUUGUGACAAACUCACGCGUAUGCCUUUCACGGGGGAGUAGGCUUGGAUUGAAAGCGAAACGUUUGCUCGAGAAUCAAAUCCAACCUACCAAAGGCUCAAAGAUAUCAAGGAUUGUCAAUUUGCCACUGAUAUCAAGAAAUAUGUCGAGGAAUGAGGAC